AUGAAUACCACGGACCCGCGCGUGGGCUCGGCCCGCGACAACUCUACAAGCCCAGGAUUGUCUCGUGUGGUUUCUGGAUCAAACUCAUCUUCAACGAGCGACCUUGUCGCGACGCUAGUGCCUGUCCUGAUCUGGGCGGCCCUGUGCAUCAUCAUCUUUGUGAUUCUGCGACGCAAAUGUCCUCGAGUAUACGCUCCAAGAGCAUUACUGAAGAGCCUGGAACCACACGAAAAGAGUGCACCUCUUCCCAAUGGGUGGUUCAACUGGUUCACCGAGUUCUACCGCAUCCCGUCUGUGUUCGUGCUUAAUCACUCAUCCCUAGAUGGAUAUCUCUUUCUGCGCUUUCUCCGAGUGCUGGCUGUGAUAUGCCUGGUCGGAGUGAUACUCCUUUGGCCAAUCCUUCUUCCAAUCCAUGCGACAGGUGGUGCGGGCAAUCAAGGCUUGGAUUGCUUGACCAUGGGAAAUGUUGUGAACCACAAUCGACUUUACGCGCAUACGCUGUUGGCAUGGGUGUACUUCGCAUUCAUCUUGUACAUGGUUUCACGAGAAUGCGUAUACUAUAUCAACUUACGGCAAGCGUAUCUCCUUUCACCGUUUUAUGCGAAUCGCUUGUCGUCUCGCACGGUGCUAUACAUGAAUGUACCUCGACAGUUUCUGGAUGAACAAAGGCUUCGAUGGAUGCUUGGAAGCUCUGUCAAACGGAUUUGGAUCCCUCAAACCACCAGUGAGCUUGAACGCCUCGUUAAGGAGAGGGAACAGACGGCCAUGCGCCUGGAAAAAGCAGAGUUUGAGCUUAUCAAGAUGGCCAAUGCCGCAAGGACGAAAACACUGAAGAAAGCAAAGGGUGAGAGCACGCAAGAACCAAGUACAGACUCUCUUGAGACGGAGCCCCGUAGUGAGAAUGGGAGAAAAUCGGUCUCAAGGUCUGGCACCGCGGAAAUCGUACAAGCAUCCGACAAUCCACAGGACGCCCCUUACCCUUCGAAAGAGAUACAAGAACGGAUUCUACCGGAUGUUAAUGGAUCAGUUGCAUCACAAUGGAUUCCACAUAGCGCGAGGCCGCACCACAGACCGAUUGCAAACUAUGGACGCCGCGUGGAUACUAUCAAGUGGACCAGAAAUCAGAUCAAAAAGCUGAACAGCCAAAUUGCCAAAGUUCGACGUGACCAGCUUUUCAAAACUGACGGCAUGUUGCCCUCCGUCUUUGUGGAAUUCGAGACGCACACAGAUGCACAACACGCCUCCCAGACGCUGACGCAUCAUCGCCCGCUGCACAUGGCUCAGCGCUUUCUUGGUGUACGGCCGUUUGAAAUACUAUGGGAGUCAUUGUCAAUGUCGUGGCUGGAGACCAUUGUGCGAAGAUUCUUAAUCAAAGCUCUGAUCACGGCGAUGAUAAUAUUUUGGGCCAUCCCAUCCGCUCUUGUGGGCACAAUUUCCAACAUCGACUAUCUGUCGGAGAAAGUCAGUUUCUUAGGGUGGAUAGAAAAUCUCCCAAGCGCCAUCAAGGGUAUCUUGAGUGGUAUCGUUCCGGCUAUGGCUCUAUCUCUGUUGAUGAGCAUCGUCCCCGGAAUCUUGAGAUACUGCGCGAAACUCGGGGGGGUCCCAACUCUGAGCAUGAUCGAGCUCUACACCCAGCAUGCGUACUUCGCUUUCCAAGUCGUUCAAGUGUUCUUGAUAACGACCCUGACAUCCGCAGCGUCCGCUGCCGUUACGAAGUUGCUUGAAGAUCCGACAACAGCAAAGGAUUUGCUCUCGCAGAACCUGCCCAAGGCUUCCAACUUCUAUCUCUCGUAUUUUCUUUUGCAAAGUUUGGCGCUUGGGUCUUCAGCACUUGUUCAGUUCGGCAAUUUGUCCCAGUUGUAUGUGUUUCAAAGGUACAUCAGCAGUCCAAGAAAGUUGUACAUGAGAUGGCACCGGCUGCAGCGAAUUCAUUGGGGAUCAGUCUUUCCCGUCUACACCAACCUUGGUGUCAUCACUCUCAGUUAUGCCCUCAUCGCGCCAAUAAUCCUCGGAUUUGCCUGUGUUGGUCUCCUUUUUCUACAUCUGGUGUACCGGUACAACCUCAUUUACGUUUACGAUUCUGAAGUCGAUACCAGAGGGCUCGUUUAUCCUCGCGCUCUCAUGCACCUCCUUUUAGGCCUAUACUUCUCCGAGAUCUGUAUGAUUGGUUUGUUUUCGCUCAAAGGCGCUUACAUCCCAGUCGUGUUAACUGUGGCUCUUCUGAUUCUCACUGGUCUGGUCCAUACUUCGCUCCUUGAAGCACUUGGACCACUUCUAUGGAGUCUUCCAAAAAGUUUGACGGUUCAAGAAGACCAGCACUUACUGGGAAGUACUCCCACGAAUCAACGCAAUGCUGAAGGUCUGGACCGUUUCGAGGAAUAUCAUUCCGACAAAGAGGAACACGAGCCACACCAGGGCAGCAGUAGGGCCCUCGAAGGCGCAAGCGGAACUCUCAACGCCCUGGGAGGAGGCGUCAAAACGAUGUUCAGAAAGAAACUCAAAAAGGAGGUCCCCGAAGCCCACAUGAUAAUGGAUGCUCUCACAGCAUUUUGGAUGCGAUGGCUAUCACCAAACCCAGCAGACAAGUCCAACUUCCUGCUACGAUGGCUUCAUCCCGAGGUGUACUCCGACUAUACUCUUCUUCGUCGAAUGGUCCCAGCAGACUUGCCAGAUCCGGUGUAUCCGGAAGAUAUCGAGCGCGAUGUCUACUACCCACCAUCGUUCUUUGCAAAACCCCCGACUUUAUGGAUUCCCCGGGAUCCUGGCGGAGUCAGUCGGCAAGAGGUGGAACACAGUGGGAAGGUGAUUCCUACCACGGAUGAAUAUGUACAUAUAGAUGACAACGGCAAUGUGAUGAUCAAUCUGGAGGAAAGCCGACUCGUCUUUGAUGUCAGCCGGUUGAGAUAUUGA